CAACAAACCAACAACAUGCAAGAGCAGAAAGCGAGCAGCGGCAGCAUUCCUGAAAAUCGCCCGUUCCUUCUUUUUCUUCUUCUCCACCAUGCGUCGUCUCCUUCCAUCCCCCGACUUUGUGUGUCCAAUUAAUCGGAUGGCCAUUUUAUAUUUAUUCGAGCCGUGUUCUGCAAGAAGAACCUACACGCAAACGGCGCUGCUGCUAAUCGAAACCUCUGCAGCAACUAUCAACGCCAACCAGGACUUCUUCGCUAAUCCUCAGAAACCCGAUAUAAAGAAGGCCUGUCUUGUACGACUCGGACUUAAUUGCACUCCAUUCGGCAGCAAAAGCAGCAACAGAAACAAAAUAUUCCUACAUUCUCGAGUUUGCAAGGUGUCCAACCAGUUUUCUAUAAAAUACCAAAACCAUAAAACCUGAACGAAGAUGUUUA